UACGGUAGUACAGUAGUCCGUGCCCGUGUCUGUAGGGCGAGAGAUCAGGGUGUGUUAACCGGUCCAGUUGGUCCUGCUCGGAAUUCAGUCAAAAUGGCCGCCUCCAGUAACCUGAGCAGUAAGCUGUCGACAUUGGAAGUGAGCAAUGCUAUUAGCCGACUGACUGUGGAAGAAACGAGACAGCUAGUGUUCCAAAUGGGCGUACCUCUCAAGGUCCUGGAUGAUAUUGCUGAGGCGUACAAGGGGGAAAAUCGGAAGCACCACUUUGUGCAGGCGUGGCUAGAUAUGACCCCUGGUAGCAGCUGGGACAAGCUGGUUGCUGGGCUGAGGAACAUCAAUAUGAACUCCUUGGCAACUGCGAUUGAGUCUGAGCAUCACCCAAAAGCGCUAUCGACUUGCGAUCCCUCCCUUCCCAAGCCUGCUGUUCUCCCUGUUUCCGUUACAUCGCCACAUGCUAAUAACGUAGAAGAGGUUGAGGCAAAUAUAGAGCAUUUGGAGAAAGAAUUUUCCGACAUCAAGUUCAAAACCAGGCAAUCGUUAACGAAAAAGGAGAAACAAGAUUCCGAUUUUUUUGAAAUGUUCCGAGAGCACCUUCUAGAGUUACCUGUUGCGAAGAAGCAAGUUCAUAUUCGAUUCUUCAGCAGAAAUGAGGACGAAAUCCUUAAGGCUAAGAACAUUCAAAAGCUAUUUAUUAUCCUAGGUCGCUACUGCAACUACUCCAACUAUGAGAUUAUCUUCCACGUUGUCAAGAGAUUCUGUCAUGAUCUGAAGGGAAGAAUGACUGGUUAUCGUGACUCUCUCAUCGCUUUUGAAAAGUCCACCACAGUCGAUGUGUACCUAUGUGCCAUUUCCGCUCGUCCUGGUGGUAAAGUUAGCGAAGGAUUCAUCCGCAUGACCACGAAGAUCAACAAGCCACCCUCAGAGUGUUCGCUGUAUGAAAUCCGAGAGUUGAAGGGGUCCAUCGAGGAGGCGGCAUCUCUGGAGUCCUAUGCCAUGUACAUUGAAACCCCAGGGGAGGGCUCUGUAUGUGUAGGGUUGCGUGUUCACGAGGAGGUUGUUUGGAUGGUGGGUGUGGCCUUCACUCCUAACUUCAGACAAAAACAUCUUGUUACUAAUGUUGCUGUUGUCCGUGCUUGGUUGCGUCGAGAUCUCUCAAUGUACCUGAAUAAUGAAUUGAUACCUGCCUCUGAGAGAGGAGACGUGAAAGUAGUGACUUUACUGAUCACAGCUGGAGUUCAUGUGAAUGUCAAACACUGGCGGGCUGGAAACUGUGCAAUAGCAUCUGCCGCCAGGAACGGCAGGACUGAAGUUGUUUCCCUGCUACUAGCGGCUGGAGCUAACAUUGACCUACAGAAUAAGAGAGGAGAGUCUGCACUAAUGUUGGCUGUCAUGGAGAGUAGGACUGAAGUUGUUUCACUACUACUUGAGGCUGGAGCUAACAUUGACCUACAGGAUGAGCAUGGAUACUCUGCACUAAUGUUGGCUGCCAAGGAGAGUAGGACUGAUGUUGUUUCACUGCUACUUGAGGCUGGAGCUAACAUUGACCUAUGGAAUAAGCGUGGAUACUCUGCACUAAUGUGGGCUGCAGAGAUGAGUAGGACUGAAGUUGUUUCACUGCUACUUGAGGCUGGAGCUAAAAUUGACCUACAGAAUGAAGGAGGAGACUCUGCACUGACAGUGGCUGUUGAAAAUGGUAGGAUUGAAGUCGUUUCACUGCUACUGAAGGCUGGAGCUGCACCAGGCCCGCAUGCAUAUGAGCUACUGAGAUCUGCCUCUGAAAAGGGAUAUGCGGAAAUAGUUACUUCACUGAUCACAGCUGGAGUGGACGUGAAUGGAAGAUAUAGGAAUAGAGACUCUGCACUGAUGAUGGCUAUCAGGAAUGGCAGGACUGAAGUUGUUUCACUGCUAAUAGAGGCCGGAGCUAACAUUCACCUACAAGAGAAUGGAGUCUCUCCACUGAUGAUGGCUGUCAGGUGGGGUAGGACUGAAGUUGUUUCACUGUUAAUAGAGGCUGGAGCUAACAUUGACCUACAGAAUGAGGAAGGAGACUCAGCUGUGAUAAUUGCUACCACAAAGUACAAUCUGUCAGUCCUGAGGAGCUGGUCGAGCUGGAGCUGACCUAACCUGGCAGAACCAGUGCAGUGAUCCU